AUGUUGACUUCGGGUACAGCAUCAGUGGUCCUUGCUGGACUAGUUGCAGCUCUGAAAUUGGUUGGGGGCAACUUGGUUGACCACAUAUUCUUAUUCCUUGGUGCUGGAGAGGCUGGCACUGGAAUUGUAGAACUUAUUGAACUUGAAACAUCAAAACAGACUAAUGCCCCACUAGAUAAAGUGCACAAGAACAUUUGGUUGGUGGACUCAAAGGGAUUGAUUGUCAGUUCCCGAAAAGAAUCGAUUCAACAUUUUAAGAAGCCAUGGGCCCAUGAUCACGAACCUGUUCAUCGACUCGUAGACGCUGUUAAUAAAAUCAAACCAACAGUGUUGAUUGGAACCUCUGGACAAGGAAGAACUUUCACUAAAGAGGUUAUUGAGGCAAUGGCUUCAAUCAAUGAGAAACCUAUCAUUCUUUCACUUUUCAACCCAUCUUCACAAUCAGAAUGUACUGCUGAAGAGGCUUACAAGUGGAGCCAGGGUCACGCCAUUUUCGCUAGUGGAAGUCCAUUCCCUCCUGUUGAGUAUGAAGGAAAAGUUUUUGUGCCUGGCUAG